AUGUGGCCUGGGGAGGCCAGCUGUGGGCGGGCGGACUGGCCCGGAUGCAGCUGGAGGUCCCGAGCCCAGCCCAGUUCGCCGCAGCCCCGGCUUCGGGCCAUCUCGAGACCUAAACUUCAAGCACGGCCCUCAGGAGGUCACACACACAGAAGCAGCCGGGGACAGCCCAUCUCGCUAACAGCCCAGCCCCGCCAGCACAGUCGAAGACUUAUUUUUAGUCCCCAAAUAGGGGCAGCACUCGAUAUCUGGGAGAGGGAAGAAAGCAGCUCCCCUGGGAGCAACCAAGCUCCGGCUGGACCCCGGGCGGGUGGCAGCACCGCCCCCGGGCCUGGGCCGAGCCUCAGAGCCGCGGAUCUCGGCCGGUCGGUGGAGAGGACUGCCUGGCAGGGCCUGGGCAGGGCGCCGAGGAGGACGGAGGGCGCCGGCAGGGCUCAGGGACCCGCGGUGGGAGAGCGCGGGGCGGGGAAGGCGAGCGCCGCGGAGAUCCUCGACUUUCGCCCGCCCUCGGCCAGCGUCAACCCCACAAAUAGCCAAAGUUUUCAAACCAAAAUGGGGGGGGGAACGUUAAGAAACCCAGACACCCAACUGGUCCUCCCGACCUCCCGCACCCCGACCGAGCCUGGCUAACACUGAAGCGCUCCGGAAAACUGCGGUGUCGCAGUCAGUCACACGGCGGAUCAACACAACACUUUUCAAGAAAACAAAAU